AUGGCAUCCCUCUCAAUUCGCGACAUCGCCCCCCUCUCCAACAACAGCACCUCCGUACCAAAACUCGGCUUCGGCGUAUACCAACUCUACGGACAAUCCUGCCAAAAAGCCGUUCUGGCCGCCCUAGAAGCAGGCUACCGCCACAUCGACUCAGCACAACUAUACCGAAACGAAUCCGACGUAGGAGCAGCCAUUCACGAGUCCUCCCUCAAACGAGAAGACAUCUUUCUAACCACCAAGAUUCGUCAAUCGGCAGGAUCUGCUGAAAAGUCAUACCAAAGCUGUCUAGAGAGCAUUGAGAAAAUUGGCGGCCAGGGAGGCUACGUUGACUUGUUCCUGAUUCACAUCCCCGGCACGGGCCGAGAGUCCAGGGAAGAGCUAUGGGGAGCGUUGGAGAAGCUGUACGCCGAGGGGCGAGCCAAGGCCAUUGGCGUGAGUAACUAUCGGCCGCAGCACAUCGAGGAGAUGAGGGAGUAUGCAAAAGUUUGGCCGCCGCACGUCAAUCAAAUUGAGCUUCAUCCGUGGUGUCAGCAACGAGAAAUCGUGCAAUACUGCCAGGAUAAUAACAUUGUUGUCGAGGCAUACAGUCCACUCUCGUGUGGCGAUCACUUGAACGAUCCGACGUUGGCUGCCGUGGCUGACAAGUACAAGAAGUCACCGGCUCAGGUUCUGAUUCGAUUUGCCCUCCAGAAGAACUGGAUUCCCUUACCCAAGAGCGGUAAUCCCGAGAGAAUCAGGCAGAAUGCCGAUGUGUUUGACUUUGCGCUGAACGAUGGGGAUAUGCAGGUCUUAGAUGGGCUUGAUCGCGGAAAGGCGGGAGCUUUGUUCCCCGCCAACGUGAAAUAA